AUGGAGGACGAAAGCAGCCGCUACAACUACAAGGAAAGAAGUUUGGAGAAAUUUCGGAAUGGAAAUGAAGAGUACAUAGAGGAGGAAUGCAACGGCUACAACUACGAGGAAAGGAUUCUGGAGAAAAUUCGGAAUGGAAAUGAGGAGUACAUAGUUGAGGAAUGCAACAGCUACAACUACGAGGAAAGGAUUCUGGAGAAAAUUCGGAAUGGAAAUGAGGAGUACAUAGAGGAGGAAUACAACGGCUACAACUACGAGGAAAGGAUUCUGGAUAAAAUUCGGAAAGGAAAUGAGUAUAUGGAGGACGAAAGCAGCCGCUACAACUACAAGGAAAGGAGUUUGGAGAAAUUUCGGAAUGAAAAUGAGGAAUAUGUAGAGGAUGAAAGCAACCGCUACAACUAUGAGGAAAGGGUUUUGGAGAAAACUCGGAGUGGAAAUGAGUACAUAGAGGAGGAAUGCAACCGCUACAACUACAGGGAAAGGAUUCUAGAUAAAAUUCGGAAUGGAAAUGAGGAGUACAUAGAGGCGGAAUGCAACGGCUACAACUACGAGGAAUGGAUUCUGGAUAAAAUUUGGAAUGGAAAUGAGGAGUACAUAGAGGAGGAAUGCAACGGCUACAACUAUGAGGAAAGGAUUCUGGAGAAAAUUCAGAAUGGAAAUGAGUAUAUGGAGGACGAAAGCAGCCGCUACAACUACAAGGAAAGGAGUUUGGAGAAAUUUCGGAAUGAAAAUGAGGAGUACAUAGAGGAGGAAUGUAACUGCUACAACUACGAGGAAAAGAUUCUGGAGAAAAUUUGGAAUGGAAAUGAGGAGUACAUAGAGGAGGAAUGCAACCGCUACAACUACGAGGAAAGGAUUCUGGAUAAAAUUCGAAAUGGAAAUGAGGAGUACAUAGAGGAGGAAUGCAACGGCUACAACUAUGAGGAAAGGAUUCUGGAGAAAAUUCGGAAUGGAAAUGAGGAGUACAUAGAGGAGGAAUGCAACCGCUACAACUACGAGGAAAGGAUUCUGGAGAAAAUUCGGAAUGGAAAUGAGUAUAUGGAGGACGAAAGCAACCGCUACAACGACAAGGAAAGGAGUUUGGAGAAAUUUCGGAAUGAAAAUGAGAGAAUGAAAGCAACCGCUACAAUUAUGAGGAAAGGAUUCUGGAGAAAAUAUGGAGUGGAGAUAAGGUAUGAGUUGCUCGAGUACGUAGAGGAGGAAUGCAACCGCUACAACUACGAGGAAAAGAUUCUGGAGAAAAUUCGGAAUGGAAAUAAGUAUGAGGAGUAUAUGGAGAACGAAAGCAGCCGCUUCAACUACAAGGAAACGAGUUUGGUUAAAUUAUGGAACAAAAAUGAGGAAUAUGUAGAGGAUGAAAGCAACCGCUACAACUAUGAGGAAAGGAUUCUGGAGAAAAUUUGGAGUGGAAAUGAGGAGUACAUAGAGGAGGAAUGCAACCGCUACAACUACGAGGAAAGGAUUCUGGAGAAAAUUCGGAAUGGAAAUGAAUUAUGA